UGCAUGUCAGCAUAUAUGGGUAUUUAACCACUCUAAAGUAACCUAAUUCUACAAGAAGGUCUUGCCUGCCCUCUAUUCCAUGCAUGAAUCAUCACAUACAUCCCAGAACCAUCCAACCCGUCCCCAAUCUCACCUCCUCUCAAGGAGAACAAGCCAAGGCCGAUCCUCAUGUGUCAAAAUUCUUCGUGAUCGUUCCGGGCAGACAAGCGAGUGACUCCAUCUUAUCUGGACUCAAGCGAGCCAAAGGCAAGCGGCACCGUAUGGAGUCCUCAGUGCUCAUGCCCAGAGAUCACGACACGGCUGUCAUCAAGGCCUGUCGUGGACCUGUAUCAAGUCCAAGUGUGCCGCGUAACUGCAAACCGGUUAUAAUCAAGGUUUCCGGUCUGCAGCCAAAACAGAAGGGAAAAUUAGAACCAUCUCUCGUCAUCAUCUGCCGUGCUGAGAAGCACAACUUGUUUUCUCGCUCCUUUUCAGGAUCUUUAGUUAUCAAGACGGUUCCGUGUAUUCAGACAAAUGCCAGGCUCUUCUUCAUUCAAAGCCUAGUCGCCCAAUACUGACGGUUGACGGGAACGCAUAUAGUAUCAGCCUUAGCAGCGAGCAUCUGAUCGUGGGUUCCAGUAGCCUUCGCCAUUUCUAUUGGAAAGUGGUGCGUCUUCGGAAUUCAGAACAAUCAAAAGACACUUCAAAGGAAGUAGUCACCGGGUCCACGGCGGUUGGCAGGAACGUGACGCUGGUCAUCAGGGACAGCGGAGAAGAUGCUGAACUUGGGGUUCAUGUCCUUGUCGACGGUCAUAAUGGAUGCGACGUUGCCGCAACGGUAGCAGUAGUUGGGAGCAGACCAAACAGUGACGACCGAAUUUUGAGGGAAGUGGUACUGGGCCAAGGUUAGCAAUGGAAUGGAACAAGGCUAGCAUAAGACAGUAUCACGUACCUUGUAGCCCUCGUUGACGAGCU